ACUGUUUUAACCUGCUGCUGCACUCCAGUCAUUUCAAAAGAGUCCGGGAGCGUUCCAGCGGCAGUUUGUUCGUGUCUGUAAAAAACGAGGCACAAACAGGCAAUAAUGGAAGACUACCUGAAAAUAGAGAAAAUCGGAGAAGGUACAUAUGGGGUUGUGUAUAAAGGUAAGCACAAGGCAACGGGGCAAAUUGUGGCCAUGAAGAAGAUCCGACUGGAGAGUGAGGAGGAGGGCGUCCCCAGCACAGCUGUCAGAGAGGUUUCUCUGCUCCAGGAGCUGAAACAUCCCAACGUUGUACGACUCCUCGAUGUCCUAAUGCAAGAAUCUCGUCUCUACCUCAUCUUCGAGUUCCUGUCCAUGGACCUGAAGAAAUACUUGGACUCCAUCCCCUCUGGCCAGUACAUGGACGCUAUGUUGGUCAAGAGCUACCUGUACCAGAUACUGGAGGGCAUCUACUUCUGUCACUGUCGCCGAGUGCUCCAUCGUGACCUGAAACCACAGAAUCUGCUGAUCGACAACAAGGGCGUUAUCAAACUGGCAGACUUUGGUUUGGCUCGAGCCUUUGGUGUUCCUGUCAGGGUCUACACCCACGAGGUAAGGAUCCUUAUCACAGCUCCUGGGAUGUGUCGGCCGCUGCAUCUCAAAACAUUUCUUUUACUUUUUCUUGUCAUUUUAAAAACCAAGAAAAAUCCUUUUUAUGGAGAUGCUGAUGGGCCUUCUUCUCUCAGGGUGUUCAGGACGCUGGGAACCCCAAACAACGAUGUGUGGCCGGAUGUUGAGAGUCUGCCGGACUACAAAAACACUUUUCCCAAAUGGAAAUCUGGCAACCUCUCAUCCAUGGUGAAAAACCUGGACAAGAAUGGGCUGGAUCUGCUGGCGGUAAGGACAAAGGCAGCACCACAGCAUGCUGAACAGAACAGCCUUUAUUCUCGUCGUACCAGAGGGAAGCAGGUCGAACACCUGCUCACCUCACCUGUUUCCUGAGGCUGGAGGUGUUGU